AUGUCUUCACCAGACAACCGUAAAUCAGUCCUCAUAACUGGCUGUUCGCCUGGAGGUAUUGGCCAUUCCCUCGCUCUUGAAUUCCAACGCAAUGGUUUGCGAGUGUUUGCAACUGCCAGGAAUAAAGAGGUGCUCGUGGACCUCGAAGAGAAGGGAAUUGAGGCCUUGGACCUGGUGGUUGACAACGAAAAGAGUAUCCUAGCAUGCUUUGACGAAGUCAAGUCCAGGUUAGGCGAAAGCAAAGGGCUAGAUAUUCUAGUCAACAAUGCGUAA